UUUUCAGAGAGAAAAAUGAGUUUUAUCAGUAAAAUCCGACCUCGGACCCUUCUUGAAGUUAUUGGUUCGAGUGGGGAGGGUAGGUUCUACUGUUCUAGUGCAGGGAUAGAUUUAGCCCUGUAUAGAACACAACAAACAGAUACAAGAAAAUUAACAGCCGAGCACCUCGGCAAGUUUUUCACUGUAGAUCCUCAGAUUGUGACCGCAUUCGGCGAUGAACUGACACCAACCCAACACCAAAGAACAAUUAACUACCUGGCUCCAAGGGAGUGGACUGCAAGAAACCGUUUGUUUGGUGAGACAAAUAUAUUGGUUCGAGAACCUGCCCUGGAGAUAAUUAACUGUAUUCAGAAUUCAGAUUUUAACAAACCUGCUCUCAGGUAUAUUCUGUAUGGAAAAGAAGGAUGUGGAAAAUCAUUAACCCUGGCCCACCUUAUCUGUUAUGGAUAUCAAGAAAAUUUUGUUGUUUUGUCGUUUGCUUGGAUAAAGAAAUGGAUGACUAAAUAUUACGAAGUGGCUCCAUCUUCUUAUAAAUCAGGUCGUAUCGACCACAUUGUCAACGCAAACAUUUUCCUCAAGAAUUUCAAACUUGCCAAUGCUGCCAGAUUAGAGAAUUGUGUAACACAUAAGGAGUAUAUUUGGAGUGUUAGAGACAAAAUUCAGGCUGGAGCUCCUUUAAUGGAUGUAGUUGAGCUGGGAUGUGAACGUUUAACCUUUGCUGCAGAUGCCAUGAAUGUUGUGAUUAGAGAACUCAAACUCAAUUGUAACGAAGGCAACUGUAAGCUGAUGGUGGUUUUGGACGGAGUAAACUCACUCUUUUCGGAGCACACUAUGAUUCACAGGGAGAAAAGAUUUUAUGAAACCGGAACCUACUGGCCUACGUCGGACUGGAUGAAAAAUGUUGCAGGGGUUGAUGAGUGCUCAGUUCUACGAAGUGUAAAGAAGCUGUUAGUGAAUGAUUACAAGAAUGCUGUAGUAAUUACAUCAGCUGACCGAGCAGCCAAGAUCCAGAAAACAGAACCUGCCAACAAAUGGUGGAGAGCCAAGGUGAUGCAUAUGGAGCCGGACACUUCCUCUCACCUUCCCUUUGCCCUUCUAGGACAAUCAGGCUGGUCUGUGCUAAAUCCGUUUAUCCCUGUAGAGGUUAAACCUUAUACUCAACUUGAACUUGAUUCAACCAUAGACUACCUGAUAGAGAAGAAAUGGAUCCGUGCGGAGGCGGGUUCGUCAGUUCAUAGAAAAGAAUUACAUUUCCUUUCUGCCAAUAAUCCUAGGGACCUCUUCAAUAUUUCAACUAUGUUUUAAAUUUCAUCAUCAAUGUAGCAAAUCUGUUUAUUUCUGUCAAAAUAUAUGUUUCUUAAUAGUUA